AAGCGCGGCUUGCGAGGAACGGCAGGAGUUUUUUGUUGUUUGGAGGAAAAGGUUGCGGGAGGGCGCGGGACAACGGUGCUUGUACCUUGGCCCGCUGCAGUAACCAUUCCCUGCUCUGGUGGUGGCUUCACUGCAGAAGGGGUGGGCAAUCUGGUGCCCUUCACGGGUGUUGGAUUUUCAUCAGCGCCAGCUUGGUAUGGCCAGCAGUUGGGGAUGAUCAGUGAACUGUAGUCCCCAAACUGUCAGAGGGCACCAAGGUGGAAGGGACCCAGGGUCAUCUAGUCCAACCCCCUUUUGCAAUGCAGGAACCUUAACUGAAGAACCCAUUGCAGAUGGCUAUCCAACUUCUGCUUUAAAGUCUCCAACGAAGUUGGAACUUGUAAUGAAUCGGGGAACAGCCACAGCUCUGUGGUAGACCAUCCGCUUUGCAUGCCAAAAGUCCAUAGCUGUCAACAUUCCCUUUUUUUUGUGGGAAAUUCCCUUAUUCCAGCGCCGUUUCCCGCUGCUAUCCCGGAUUGUUAGAUAUCCCGUAGACUGUCCCCGGGACAGGUGAGGCUGCUGAUCCCUUAUUUUCGAGGCUGCUAAUCCCUUAUUUUCAAAUCUGAAAGUUGACAGCUAUGAGAAGGUCCCUCCAGGCAAGGCUGGGAAAAGACUCCUUCCUGACACGUGGGAGAAAGCUGCUGCCAGUCCGUGUAGACAGUUCUUAGCUUGAUGAGCCAAUUGUCUGGCUACCACUGAUAUAAAUAAGGCAGCUAGCUCCCUGUGUCCCUGCUGCCUGAAGGAAGAAAAGACUUAUCGCCUUUUCUACAUGGAACAUGUAAGCCCUGGACACUGGGGCACAAAACUGGUAUCGCCUCAAACUCUUGCCUUGUGGUCCGUUUGCCAGAAAGGCUGGCCAUUGCUAUUCUACAUUGCCAGGAGUGGAAAAAGGUGGAAAACUGAAACAAGUAGGCCCAUUCCUACUAGAAUUGGUCCAUGAAACUGCCAUUGAUUUUAUUCAAGUUAUUUAUAUUAAUAAGGUACCUCAUUCCACUCCUCUUUCCCUGCCCUGAUUCAGGAAGGAUUAGAAUUGGGGCUGGUGGUUAGAUGACCAGAUGCCUGCCUUUAAAGAUGUGGGGAAGGGGGAAGAUUUGUGAUGAGCAGCUUCAAGGCUUGGUAGGAGCUGUUGGAGCUGACUUGGAGCUUACAUUCACCUCCUAAAGUCAACGAGAUCUAAUGAAGUGUAGUGUUUUGAUUGUUAACACAGGCCAGCUUCAAAUCCUUAUUCAGCUGUCACCUUGGAUCGGUCACUAACCCACCUGACAAGGUUGUUGAGAAGAUAAGUGGUGGUAGAACCAUGCAUGCCAGCCUGGUAUAUUUGCAAGGGCUGCCGCUUGUCUUAUAAUUAACAAGUGGAACCUGAAGCAAAAUGUGGGGUGCUCCUGUUCAGAAUUCUUCCUAGCCUGUCUUGUCAUCUUCUAGGAUCCUCCAUUUCACCAUCACUCAAUUUCCUGUUCCCACCCUCUCAACAGUCAGCAUUCCUUGUUCCCUGAGCAUGCUCAGUCCUCAUUAGGCUCUUUGGGGUUCUACCCCCAUUAAAGUUUUUUGUACUUCUUAGGGUUCUCCCAAACCUGCAGAUAUUUCCCGUGUGUGUGUGUGUGUGUGUGUGUGUGUGAGAGAGAGAGAGAGAGAGAGAUACCGAUACCCUUUUGGACUAUGAAGUAUCCACAUGCAAAUGGUUUUCCUUUUAUGAGGAUAUAAAGUUAAAUUAAAUAAUUUAUUUGUUAAGUGUUAUCUAUCUCAGGAAGGAAUACAGCAAGGCAGAUGGUUAUGAACAUUCAUUUUCUACAGGGCAUAGAUUACGUGUCUUCUUCUUCUUCUUCUUCUUAACUGCUGUGAGCCAAAUAAUGACAAUGACCAUUUAUGCAAUUAUAGAUGAGAAUGUAAUAAUCUAUUGUGGGAAUACAGGAAGUAGCCUAGUCAAGAAUCUAGUAAGAAAAAAAGGAAGGGGAAAAGUUUCUGUGUUGCAAGGAGCUUGGAAGGGGAAAUGAGCCAACUGUUUGAGGAGUUCUAAAUGUUACUGGGUUUGUGCACUCCCAUGGAAAAAAACCUUUACUAGCCUUCACUGUAGACAUUGAGUAUCACUAACCAGUAGGCCUCCCAGUUCUGCAAGACACACUGGGCACUCUCCAGUCAAAAUUAAACAUUUUUAAGUCUUAAUGGUUUCAGUGAGUUAGAUCUAAGCACAUGUUGGAAUAUCCCAUUGAAAUCUAGAAAUAUUAUAUAUUGUAAUUAUAUUAGCUUUGGCUUAAUUUGCUUAAAAUGCUUCAACUCUUCCUUUCUGGCUCUGAGCAAUUUAUUUCUUAAUGCAGGUGAACCCCUACACAGACCAUUCUUUCGUAAUUAGGCUUCACAAUAUAAUAUAAAUUUAAUGAAUAAUAAAAAAUAAUAAUUAGGAAAUGCUUCUGAUUGCCUGUGAUAAUUAGUUACUUAAUGUAUUUUAGAUCACCCUUCAACUGAAGUUCCCUGGCAAGCAUGAAGUUUACAUUAACAUACAGAAUGAAAUAUCAAUAAAAACAUAAAACUACAAUAAUAUAAAAUUAGGCAGGGCAACACACAGCAACAGUUGUAUUAUAAGGCUCCAGUUCCUAAAACAGUUGUAUUAUGAACCCCUAAAGUCCAGGGAGAAUGGAUAUGUUUUGAAUUGAUAGCAAAAAAAGAUUUAUCCUCACUGAUACCUAUCUCCACUGGGAGAAAAUUCUACCUGUCUUGAAUGAGUGCAUCUGUCACAUGACAGUCAGGAUGUGUUCAGACAUUUAAUAAACUAACAUUAGAAUUCAUUGAUAGCCAUAAAUCUCCCUCCCUUUUGCAAAUAAUACUUUUCAGCUAAUGGGGUUGAGGGGCCAAAACUGUGUAAAGAAGCUUGCAUCUGGAGAAAGACGGAGAGAGAGAAGGCAAGUGAGCUGUGAUUUAUUUUACUUAAAGGGAUUCCCUUUGGAAUGCAGUUGCUGUCUUUGGAGAAAGGAUGACGAGUUGUCUGCUUUUAGGAGCCUGCUUGCUUCCAGUUGGUUUUGUUUGUAUAUCUGCAAAUAUACAGCUAUUAUAUAAUAAAUGCCCAGUAUUCAUUCUCUCUCUCAUCCAACUAAUCUGAAUUCUCCAAUGUAACCCUGCCCCCGGAUGUCUCACCUUUUAUGGAAGUUGAGGGUACUUAGCAUUGGUGCCAACAGUGGAAAGGAGAAGAAAGUAAGACGAUAUCUGUGGGAUCAGGCUGGAGACCCACCAUCAUCCAGCAUCCUGUUUUAAGAGUGGCUAAUCAGAUGUCUGUAUGAAAUCUGAAAGCAGAACCCAAGGGCAACAACAAACCCCCUCCCCAUUUGAUUCCCAGCCACUGGUAUUGAGAGGCAUACCACCUCCAGUGAUGAAGGUAGAACAUAGCCAUUGUUGCUGGUAACUACGGAUAGUCUUAUCCACUAUAUAAGAUCUCUUUCCUUGGGUGAGUGAAUCCAGGUGCAGCAAACAACAGUACUCAAAAGAGAAAUCAUAUUCCAGCAACGCCCAAGAGCUUCAGCGGGAAUUAGAAUGAUCACAGUGUUAGUUCAAGGGAAGCCCAAAGGAGGGUCAUUGUAAAGUAAGAUGAGAUCCUUCCUGAGGAACCUUCUGCAAGGGAUUAAAACUGACCCAGAAUCCCAGCUACAAUUGGGGUUGGUAAAGAAUCAUUGUGGAUGGACACCUGGCUAUCUUGGACUCUAAAGUCUUUCAGUUAGUAUCUGGAAUCAAAAGGCUUUGGCUAACCCAAAAACAGACAGUAAAAAGAUAUCAGGAAAAUAAACUGCAAGUAGUAACAGUCAACACUGAAAGUGGGUAACUUAGGGUGGGACCAGCUGCAAUCUGGUGAGGGAAAACCUCUUACUAUGCAAACUGAUGCAUUCAGAAGACAGUCUCCAUGUGUUCAGGGGAGCUUACUACCAGACCCAGUGCAGGGUUACAGACUUAUAGACUGUUUUAUCCUGUGUUCACAUUGUAAAAACCUUCAUAGGAGGAAGCCAGCCAUUGCAGUUUGUUUAGCCUGGAGAUGCAGCUUUUUCGGAGGUAUGCAAAAUAGAGGUAUAGAAUUGGAGACACUCUUGUUGACUGUGCACUAGCUGCAUUUCAGGACUAGCCCAGGUAGUACUGGAGAACAUAUUCCCCAGACAAGAGACAAACGUAUUGGGGACAGCCAGUACUAUAUAAUAUGGAAUAGUGGGUCACUUGGUGAGGCUCAGUUCAGAAGUCAUGGGAGAAUACUGUUGUAAUGGAGCAUUUAGUUGAUCUGAAAAGGAAACAGCUCCCUGGGAGUGAACAACAUCUGGAAAAUGAGGGAAGCAUUACCUUGCGAAAAUGAGCCUCGGUUAGAAGGAAAUGGGAGAGCCUCAUAAUCAGAAUGGAAACUGCAACUCUAUUACUACCUAACUGUGACUAAAUCACAUUGAUAACCAAGUUUUAAAAUAGCUUCAAGCCAGUCAUCUUGAUUUAGGAACACACGUGAUCCAAGUUCCUCCUUUUCUACAUCCUCAGGAUGAUACAGGGAACUGGCAGUAUUCAAGUGCACUAACAAUGCCCUUGCCCACAUCCUAAAUAAAUAGUACAGUGGUACCUCGGGUUACAUAAGCUUCAGGUUACAUACGCUUCAGGUUACAGACUCCACUAACCCAGAAAUAGUGCUUCAGGUUAAGAACUUUGCUUCAGGAUGAGAACAGAAAUCGUGCUCCGGCAGCGCGGCGGCAGCAGGAGGCCCCAUUAGCUAAAGUGGUGCUUCAGGUUAAGAACACUUUCAGGUUAAGUACAGGCCUCCAGAACGAAUUAAGUACUUAACCCGAGGUACCACUGUAUUCACUGCCAGGAUGAGUUUUUGCUGCAUAACGUGGAGCCCAAAUCUUUCCACCUACAUAAGCAAAAGUCUUGCUGUACUGUUCGAAUACCAUUUUGUGCCUUCAUCUAUUCUGCUGCCCCCUCCACUCUGCACCAGUCAUGCUUGCUAUUUCCCCCUGCUUCAUGGUAGGCAGUGGAGCCUGGUCCUUUUAGGGCAGAUAGGGCACUGCCCUGUCCCCCUCAACCUGCCUUCUUACUUGCAAGCUGUCCAAGAGGUGGUUCUGCAUGCCACCUUCCUCCUCCUUCGUCUCAGUGCUGCCUUCAUAGAACCCAACAGGGAGGAGGAGGAGGGGAAAGCUAGAACUCAUUGGCUCUGGCUCCAACUACUGUUGGGCUCCAUGCCUUCCAUCCUAACCAACCCCAGUGAGCACCAACCACAAUUAGUGGAAGGGCUGCCACUGGUAGUACUCCAGCAGAAACAUUCCAAGUAAACUCAUUCUCCAUUUGCUGAUUCUUGUGUAACAAAAAACAACAGCAUCUACAUGCAAGAGGGAACUAUUCACAGGCUUACUACGGGAGUCAUAAGAUUUGCAGCAGGCCUUUUUUCUUUUUGGAAGGAGGAACCCCACCCCCGCACCCCAACCAAACAGCCCAGACUGAGCAUACUCAGUGGGCAUUGAAUUGACUGUUGAGAGGAAGAAAAUGGAAAAGGGAGCAGGGAAUGGAGUUUCCUGGAAAAGGAUUAGAAACCUGAAAGGGAGCAUUGUAUGCAGCAACAUUUUAUUGCAGAUCCCACCUGCAAAGACGAUAGACAAAUCCCACUCUCUUUCCCUGUCACAAUAAUCCUUCCAGUCACAGCAUAUACAAGCAACACACCCCAGCAGCAAUUCCCACUUUGCAUAUAAGAAGCACAUUGUACUGAGAAGAGUGAAGUGUAACUAUUGUUUCAGUAGUCUUCUGUAUUCUGCACAGGGCAAAGACAAAAGAACUGGGCGCAAAUCUAAUAUCAGAAACAGCAAUGUUCAGAAACCGGUGGAAGAAUAUGACUUCAAAGAGAGUCUCCAGCAUGUAAAGGCUGAAUUCAUCGAGAAGUACAGUUCUGUCAUCUGUGACCUACAUCAGGAAAACAAGUUUUUAUUCUACUACAGGUAUUAAUUGGCUAGUUAGAAUGCAUGAACAUCCACACUGCUUUGUGACUGACCACUGUCUUUAUUUCGCAAAAAGAUAAGCUUUAAUUUUAGUCAAAACUUUGUGCAGAAACCUGUGGACAAUUCAGUAUAAACUUGUCUAUGGGCCCCUCCAGACAUCCUUUUCGUUGCACAUUCGUAAUGCUUUGUGCUCAUGAUGCUAUUGGGUCAGUCAUAAGCAAUUCUGUUUUCAGUACUGUUUGUGCUUGCAAGAGUUUUGGGCCAGUCACACUGCUUCGUUUCCAAUCAGUGCAUAUCCUGUAACCUGCUGAAAUCUGGUAACUUUUUAUACACGUGCUUUAUUUUAGUUCUGUUUUGUUGUGUAGCCCUUGGCAAUAAUGUAGUAAAAAUAACAUAUAGUAUUCCUCAAUAAUGAGGAAGCAUCACAGAACAAACUGAAGCAGAACGUGUUCACAACUAAUGCAUGAUUAGUGUGCCAAAAACAUGUUGCAGAAUAUACCCACAAAAAAGCACCCGUGUGGACAGGCCCUGUCAUAAUCUGCAGUUCUUGCAGUUCAUAUUACUCUGACCUCACUGCUUAUUCUCUCUCUCUCCGCUGACUUAGCAUUCCUUGCAUCUGACAAAUUAGACCUACGUAGUUCACUAAAGCUUCUGUCACAAUAGAUCUAUUGGUGCUCAAGGUGCCACACAAGACCCUUUGACGUAUUUGCUGGAACAAACUAGGCACAGCUACCCCUCUGAAAACAGGAACUGCAGACAUUGAGAAAUAAAAGAUUCUACAUCUGAAUCCACUGAAGUUGGAAGUGGCUGAGUAAACUACCAAGGUUUUCGGUCACUGAGUUUGUACACAGUUCACAGCCCCAUAGAAAACAUACAUGCGGACCCAGUAACAGAGAGAAAUGAGAUUUUAGACAUUUGUGGCAAAGAACAAAAAUGAAGGAAUGUAAAGAAAUCUGCAGAUAUGAAAUAGAACUAACUCCCCCUUUUUCUUGCUGAACUAUGUUUAAGAACAAGUUCAGCUAAGUCAUCUGAUUCAGGUUAUAUUUUUAAACUAGGUCUAGAAGUUGGAAAGAUGUGCAGAUGCUCCAAAAGUUGGAUUUAUUAAGGAAAAGCUUGGAACUAAAGAUCAAUAAAAAUAAGGAAAAAGGCAAGCAAGAAAAGAUGAAAUAUGAAGUUGUCCUCCAAGCUCUGGUGCUUAAGUAAAAAUCUAAUAAGCAAGUCUUCCAUUAUAGUAAUGAAUUAUCAGAUGGGAUAUUUAUUAAUAACUUAUUAUGAAGAAGAUUGUGCAUAAACCAUAUGUAUAGAAAUGUUAACAAACAUUUCCCUUACUAACUGUAUGUUUUUCAAAUAUGCAAUUUCAUUGUGUAAUUUAUAUUUAGUUAUUAGUAGUUUGAUGCAUUUUUCUAAAAACAAACAUCCAUUUAUAUCAGAAGUGGCUGUACAUUGGGUUUUUACAGGAACAUUCAAUUGGCUACAGUGGAACUUCGGGUUGUGAACGUGAUCUGUGCGGGAGGCACGUUCACAACCCGCAACAUUCGCAACCUGCAGCGCCACGUCUGCGCAUGCGUGGGUCACAAUUCGUUGCUUCUGUGCAUGCGCAAAGUGUGAUUUAGCACUUCUGUGCAUGCGCGAGCGCCAAAACCCGUUCCGGUACUUCCGGGUUUGGCAUGGUACGCAACCCGAAAUCGCGUAACCUAAAGCGUCUGUAACCCGAGGUACCACUGUAUUUACAUAGCAACUUGGGAGGUGGGGAGGGGAGAGAGGCGAUAACUUCACUAAAAUGCUACAAUGGCACAUUUAACACAGUAGAUAUACUUUGGACCUUUAUGUGUCCAUAUUGAAUACCCACAGUUAAGAACUACAGUGGUACCUUGGUUCUCAAAUGCCUUGGUACUCAAAUGCCAAAACCCGGAAGUACUGUAAGUAUUCUGGUUUUUGAAUGAUUUUCAGAAGCCGAAUAUCCGAUGCGGCUGUCGGCUAUUGUUUCCAAGACACCUGCACGAAUCAGAAGCUGCGCCUUGGUUUUUGAACAGUUUGGAAGUCAAGUUUGGUGCUUUUGUUUUUGCUAUUUAUUUUGCAUUUUUGUUUUUGAGGCUUUUUCGGUUAAUUUGUUUUUGUGACUGUGUGGAACCCAGUUCAGCUACUGAUUGAUUGAUUGAUUGAUUGUGUGACUCUGGAAAUGGAUAAAAGCCCCCCAUCCAAACAAUGACUAUCAUCAGUGCAGGUAAGAAUUUUUUUAUUUUUAUUUUUUUAUCAUCUACAAUACUGUCUCAUUUAUUUUAUAGUACAGUACAUUGAUUAUUGCUUUUAUUUUAUGGAUUAAUGGUCUUGUUACAUAGUAAAAUUCAUGUCAAAUUCCUAUUUUAGGGGUUGUUUUUAGUCUGGAACGGAUUAAUUCAUUUUGCAUUGCUUUCUAUGGGAAAGCGCACCUUGGUUUUGGAAUGCUUUGGUUUUGGAAUGGACAGAACGGAUUAAGUUUGAGAACCAAGGUACCACUGUACUACACACUGGGCUUUCAGGUCCAGCUUCUUGUAGAGCAGAGCAAUGAACUAAGUUCACUUUCGUUAUUGUCUGGUUCCCAUUUCCAUGGACUUACGAAAUUACUCAAGUAGCAACCGUCACUUGGAGAAUAUGAGUUUUGUUUGGCUUGUUGCCUAAUACUCCUUUGCAUUAAAAAAUAAUAAUCAUAUCCUCUUUGGGGUAUGUUGUCACUGGAGGUUAGAUCACAUAUUUUUCCAUGAGGGUUGCAUUCUGUACUAGAAGAAAAGGGGAACAGGAUAGCUCACUAGACAGUUAGUACUCAGAGGAUCUUUGAAGAAGGUAGAGACUAAGGAAUCCUCUGCCUCCAGUUUUGCUUCUGUUUACAUUACUGAUUUUACAGAGCAUGUAAUUCUUGCCUUCCUGCAAAGGUAUGUUGUGUACUUUUAUCACUAUUUAUUCUAUUAUUUUUUUUUUAAAAAAACCAAACAUUUCUUGUACUUACGGUGCAACACUUCUGUUCAGAAGAAUGUCCCAAUUUUUCCAGUGGAUUUUACUCUCUGGCCAUUUGAUUUAGUUUUGUAAUUUCAUCUGCUAAACUGUGUUUAUGUUUGUACUUUUGUACACAAAUUGCAGUGGCAAAUGGCUGAUGCAUAUGUGUGUGUGCAUGCUUUUUCGUGACAAGUGUGUUUAGGACAGCGGCUUUCAACAUCUCAAGGUUGCAAUUCUAUGCUCAUUUCUAAUUUUGAGCAUAAGUGCUGCUUCAUUAUUUUUAAUAAUCAGUUACACAUAUUCAUUUGUAGAUGUGUAACUGUAUCGCAGGAAUAUGAAUUGGUUUGAUUUGCAGCUAAGAUUCAGUUUGGAGCUAAGAUUGCUGCUUCUUAUGUUCAUCAAUGAGAAUCUUUUUUUUUUGGCUUUGUAUGCAUAUUUUAAAAUGUAUACAUGCUUUUAAAGAAUCCUGUGAACUGUAGUUUGUUAUGUGUGCUAAGAGAUGUUGGGAGACCCCUAGUCCCCUCACUGAGCUACAAUUCCCAGAGUUCCCUAGCAGUGGGAUUGAUAGUUAACCCUCUCUGGUAAUUGUCGCUCUGUGUGGAGAACAGUUGUGCUUUAACAAACUCCCAGUUCCCUUAACAAACCAAAGUUCCCAGGAUUCUUUGGGGGGAAGCCAUGACUGUUUAAUGUGGCAAGAUACUGAUUUAAAUGUAUAGUGUAGAUGGGGCUUAAAAGUAUUUUGAUUUAUGGAUGAGAAACUGGGCAGAAUCUGAUGUUUCAUUUAUUUAUUUAGUUGCUUAUAUUUUAAUAUGCCACCUUCCAUUCAUUUAACAAGGAUGUGAGAAGCCCAAGUUCAGGUCCUGCCAUGGCCCACAGUGUGGUUUGGGCAAACUGAAUAUUUCUGGCCUCACUUUCCGCAGCUGAUUUCUUUUUAAGGGAACUAUUGUGACUUACCGUAUUUUUCGCUCUAUAACACGCACUCGACCAUAACACGCAUGUAGUUGUAGUUUUUAGAGGAGGAAAAUCUGUAGGCAUGCCAUCUGUAGGCAUUCCCUCCAUAACACGCACAGACAUUUCCCCUUACUUUUUAGGAGGAAAAAAGUGAGUGUUAUGGUGCAAAAAAUACGGUACCUUGCAGGGCUGUGGUAAAGGUGAAUAAGACAAGACAGCAGAUGUGAUAUUUGCACUGAUGAUUUCCCCCUAGUUUGCGUCACUGUUUUUAAGGUUUACACUUGACCAACAGUAGCUGGGUAUAAAGGCGGCAAUCCUUUAUCUACUUUAAUGGGAGUAAGCCCAUUGAACUCAGUGGGACUUACUUCUGAGUGCAAAUGUAUAGGGUCACACUGUAAACUAUUGUAAGAUCCAGUUGAAGUCUACUGCUGUUUCCCUUGGGGUGUUAAGAAGAUCCCAGGGAAAAUUCUGGAGGGUAUCUGUCAAUUGUCCUGGGCAGACAGAGUUGGGGAAAAGCAAUGUUCUCCAACCUGGCAUCCUGUCCCAAAGUUUUUGGACAGCAGCUAUUGUCAGCCCCAUCCAGCAUGGCCCAUGCUUAGCUUAGAGGUAAUGUGAGUCAGAGCCCAACAGCAUUUAGGAAGCAAGUGAGUUAGGGAAAGCUUCUGUAGAGCAUUUUGCUGCUUGAGUUCAACUGCGUGCUGCAGGACUGGGGAAAAUGUUUGUUUAUUUUAUAUUCUUUAUUGAAAAAUAAAAAGUACAUAAUCACAAAUACAGAGAGUAAGAUAAGACACAAAGAAGAAGAAGAAAUAGUACCCAUGUAAAAAACAAAACAAAACAGAAAAAGAAAGAAAUUGUAUACAUUACAAAAAGAAAAAAAAUGUUAUUGUAGUUAACCAGACCUGAACCUAAUAUGGUAUUUAUACAAAUGAAUUCUAAGUAUCAUUAAAUUUGUCCAUGGCAAGUCUAUGUUUGUUUGCAACUUGUUCAUGUAUAGUGAGUUUGCACAUACCUUUAAUCCAAUCGUGGAAAAGAACCACAUUUUAGUUUUUUUCCAGUUCACCAAUACCUGUCUUUUUGCUGCAGUAAGGGUGCAGAGAGUCCAUUCAUAUUGUCCCUUUGUUAGAUUCCAUGUAUUGGGUAUAUAAUUCAAAAGGAUAUUUUCCUAUGCAAAUUUCAGAUUUUUCUGUACAGUCGUGUUGAUUGUCUCUAUUACCUUCCACCAAAAUUUUAUCAAUAUAGGGCAUUGUACAAACAUAUGUUUUAGAGAAGCAUUAUCCCUGUUACAUCUCCUGGAGCUAUAUGCCUUAGAUAGUCCUUUCAUAAACAAGUGUAAUGGAGUCAAGCCCAGUAAGUUCUAACUGUUAUUUUUUGUUGUAUGAGCCUUAAUUUCCAAAAUGACUUCAUCUGCCCCUCACUUUUUUUUAAAGGAAUAUUAUCUACGAUACGAAUUUGACAGCCUACCUCAAUUCACAGCCAGAAUGCUAGCAGAAAGCAUACUCAUCAACUUUGCCUACCAAGAGGAAUGGCCAGACAAGACCCACCAAUCCCAGACACUAAGAGAAGUUGGAGAAGACCCCUGGCAAAAGCAGUUUAAAGAUACAGAUGCAAAUGGAGACUUUUGUACAGAAUCCAAGAAGCAGUCUGCAGAGAAGGUGGCACUGAUGUGCUGCGACAAGGAAAGAGGCCAAGAAGUUCCCCAGCAGAAUUUUCUACAAAAGCCACCUGCGAGAAGAUGCAACAAUAUCCCCCAGUCAACUCCUCAGUGCAUACCAAGACAAGAGCAACACUGUGAAAACGAGCUGGAUUUGUAUAGAUCUUGGUCGGGUCAAAGCCUUUACCAGAACUAUCCUGAUCUGCAUAUCGGAGGAGAUCACAUAGCUGACCAUACGUGUGAUUCAGGUUGCAUCAUGGACCAGACCUAUGAUGGAUUGUCUGCUGGCCCUGUUUUGUUCUCAAAAGAUAUCCCCUUAGGACAUUCGCCUCUAAAUGAACCUGUGCUGAAAUCCAAGUCUGUCAAGUUCUGGCAUGGAGAAGAGGUUGGGGAGAAAAGCAUGACUUUCCACAAGCAGCCUCUUUCAAACUCCAUACUCAACAACUACAUGGAGGCAGAAGUCCAGGAACUCUAUAAGCAGUUUUUGGAAGAAAAGCUGACCAGGUGCAGUUCCUUAACUCACUUCCUGACAUCGAAUAUGCUGGUGAAUAACAUCAGUGAGGUGAACCUCCAGCUGCCUCAUGAAAAACAUGGUGAAGCAUCCAAAGCAACACAAACUCUUUUCCAUUCCUUAGCUUGGCUUGGUUUGCAAAACACUGGCAGUGGAAACAGCAGUGAAUUUAGCACUCCAAAUUUACAAAUCUCAACACCACAUAGCAGAAGGAAGCCCUCUGUGAUGUAGUAUGCAUCAUGACAGAAAUACACGGUAGAACUGUUGAUUUGUAAAGACUGUUUGGUUUAAACAAAUUAGCCUUUAAGGUAGCAGAGGGCUCUUGCAACAAAACCAGCAACAGGCUGACAAUCACUGCCUGUUCGGUGCUGAAUCUCCAGCCAUUGUACCCUGGCCAUAGAAGAUGAGCUUGUGAUACAAGCAGAAACUAGUUACACUACUGGAGUUUUCAAACAAAACCUCUGCAUAGCCUAUUAAUGGUUGAUUGUGAGCUGCUAUGGAAUUUCAGUGCUAUUAAACAUCUGUUUUAUACCAUUUAUUGUUAUCCAACUGAGAUUUCUUAUAAAAC